AACCAUGAAUGAGAAGAACAGUAGGCAAGGUCUCCCUACAAAGACAAACAUUUUAACCACAUAACCCUAACCCUUUUAGUCUUGGCAUAUUACUAAGCAUUUUCUUGAAUUACCCAUGAGGGCUGAUUUCAAAUGCCCGGCACCAUACUAUAUAGAUUCUAAACCGCAAUCAUGUGCCAGCACUCACCUCCGUGUCCACCACCUUUAGUGUAACAUGUCUUCAUCGCUUUUAUUGGCACCUACCCCGUAGGUCUCUGCGCUAACUCUUUCCUGUACGAGUACUUAUCCCAAGCCCAACCACCACUACUUGUGCGAUGGGAACCCCUACAACCCCCCCUGAACUAUUCCCAAUCUACCUCGUCAACUCCCGCUACUUCCUCUACGAUGCCGAUGGUAACACUCUCCACUCUCCCAUCCAUCACCCCGCUAACCUUUCCAGUGAUUUCCGAUGUCCGCCGCACACACCGGAUGUCAGGCUGUCUGACCGGAACCCUGCCACAGAUCCCACAACAAAACAUAUUUCUUGGCCUACCAUUAGAACUAAUGCCGGAGGAGGCCCUCCUACUAGUUGAGAAAGGCGCCGCGUACAUUAUUGACGACGUGAGUGCCCAUGAGCGUGGCCUGCGCGGCAUGGGGGAGGUGGAUAAAAAGGAAUAUCUGGAGGAGCUCGAGCAAGAUCGGAAAAGGGAGGUUGAGGAGUAUAUUCGGAGGGUGGAGGAGAAGAGGGAUAUUUUUGUUCGGAGGAGUAAUGGUGAGGGGGGAGAGGUGGAUGGCCUCGAGCAAACAGCUAGAGGUGAUGGGGACAACGAAGAGGGGAGAAGGAUAUUCGAGAAUUCAUCGGUACCAAACCCGAUAAAGGCUUCGACAGCUACAACAGCUACGAAUGUGCUUAUCUACUAUCCGACACCGUCCUCCUCCCAUCCAAUAUACCACUACCACCCCGACCCCUCUGAUAUGCUGGCCGCCGGGCCGCAGCCAGAAAGAACCCAGGGAUAUCCACUCUACAAGCACCUUCACGAACGUGGAUACUUCCUCUCGCCUGGACUUAGGUUCGGGUGUCAGUAUAUGGCGUACCCUGGAGAUCCGUUGCGGUUCCAUUCGCACUUUGUCGUUAACGGUUUGGGAUGGGAUGAAGAGAUUGAGAUGCAGGAUGUGGUUGGCGGGGGGCGCUUGGGGACAGGGGUUAAGAAGGCAUGGAUGGUCGGGGGAGAAGAUGGGGAGGGACAGGUUAGGACAUUUUGUGUGGAAUGGGGUGGAUUUUAGGUGGAUGGUGUUCCGGGUGUCAUCUAGGUGGAGGGAUGAGUGGGGUUGGGGAGUCUCCAUGAGAGGACAUCAAUUCAGGAUCCAAAGAAGGUAAUUUUUCUUUGUAACAUUAUUAUACAAUGCGCGCCCCUCCACUUCCACUCCCUGCCUUUAUCAAAUAUGUGAAUUGUAGCCACGCGUGGAUAGGUCAAAGCGGUUACAAACCCGAUUAGCUCCCCCUAUCCAUCCGUCAUAAAGAAAUCAAAAACCCACCUUAAACCUCCUUAAUUGCUUCCUCUCAGCAACCCUCCUCUUGUCCUCCUCGAACUUCCUCAGCAACUCUAUCUGUUGAUUCUUCCUUCCUUCUCGCACCUGGAACCUGUAAAAGCCUUCGUGCUUAUCCUUUCGCUUCUUCUCGAGCGCCGCCUUCACCUCCUCCUGCCGCGCCGGCGCCGUCCUCCCACCUCGAAGAACAGUGAUGAACCCGUCCUCAUCGGGCACCUGUCUACGUUUGGCGAGCGCGCGAAGUCUUGCGCGCUCCUCCCCUUCGAAAACUGCCAUGAACGUGUUUACCGAGGCCUGCAGGUGGACCUUGGAAGGGUGGGUUAAGUUAUGAUGCGUUAAGUACCCUACGAAUAACCGUAUCAGGAAUUUUGAAGGGUGAACGGGAGAACGUGAGGUAGCAGCAUACGUGAUAUCCCAAGUGCAGGUAUAUUUAUAACCUCGCUAAUCCCAUCACCCCAAACUACGGCCGUAGUGGAAACCUUGCCUGCCGCUUUAAUUGCCAUGUCCCUACUCGGCUUAUCCACGAACACAACAACAGCUGUACUCCCGCUUUUGCGUAACGGUCUGUCCCACACAUCGCCCCCAACCUCUUCAUCCUCACUGGCGCGCUUCCGCUUCCCAUGCCCACAUCUAGCACCUCCACCCUCUUCGAAAAUCACUCUCUCCACCCGGCCGCCACCAAUUUUAGUGAACAGUGCGCGGAAGUGCGUAGUUGUGGAGUCGAUGGGGACGUUCACGGCGAAUAGCGAGCGAGGGUCAUGUGGCGCCAGCUGCUUGGCGGAGUGCUUGCGGAAAUAAAGGAAGUGGGUUGCUGUUCCGGCAAGGGGCGUGGCCGGGAUGGUUAUUGGGAGGAUUGUGUAGCUGGCGAUUUGUGCUGGCGGGGACAUUUUUCGGGGU